ACAAAUUUUAAUAAUGUCAGUUAUCAUUGUCAAUAUGUAUGCUUCGACGUCCUCGGUCUUGUCACUCUAGUAGGAGAUGUAAUAGCUAUUCUGGACAUGGACUUCGCGAAGGCCUAUCAUUAUCUCUUCGAGGAGAUUGCAGAUCCCAGAGUGGCGAAUUUACCUUUAAUGAAAGAUCCCUUCGCUGUGACAUUGAUCUUGCUUGCUUAUCUAGGGUUCGUUCUUCAUAUCGGACCUCGUUAUAUGAAAAAUCGGAAACCUUACAAACUGAACAGCUUUAUGAUUCUGUAUAACGGUCUGCUAGCAAUUGCAAGUGGAGUCACAUGUUAUGGAGUACUCACGUCGGGUUACACGACAAAUCUUUCCCUUGGAUGUGAACCUUAUCGUCUUUCUUAUGAACCUGAACCUCUUAGGAUGGUAGAUUGGAUUUGGUGGAUCUUUAUAAUGAAAAUAGUCGAAUUAAGCGACACAAUUGUUUUUGUUCUUCGAAAGAAAUCCAAUCAGAUUUCUAUUCUUCACGUUUAUCAUCAUUCUUCAACGGUUUGUUUCGCAUGGAUUAAUUGUAAAUAUAUUCCAGGUGGCAUGUGGACUUUUAUAGUUAUUCCAAAUUGUAUAGUCCAUGUAAUCAUGUACACUUAUUAUCUAUUGGCUGCUUGUGGACCAAAAGUAAGAGAAAUUAUCAAUCCGGUGAAAAAGUAUAUCACGACACUACAAAUGAUACAAUUCACCGUUAUACUGAUACAUAUAGCUCAAGCAUUCUUGCCCUCGUGCGAUCCAGACAGGAAAUAUUUUGCAUGGAUGUAUGCUUUACAAGUGAUCAUAAUUUUCUAUAUGUUUUACCGCUUUUACAAAAAGACUUAUACGAAGAAGAAGCUGGAGUGAAAGAUUCUUUGUGUUAAUUAAAAUAAUCGAAUGAAUGAAAUAUAAAGGGUAUUAGAAGUUUCUUGCGUGAGAUAAUAAAUGGAUAAAUAUAUUUUGCACAUGCGUACGC